CUUUGCCUCCUCCUGUCCCUCGCUCCCACACACACUCCCUGCCCCUCCCCCCCGCCGCCCGCCCAAACGCCCGUGACUCGGACAGGUGACGGCGACUGACCGACUGACUCACUGACUCACGCGACUCGCCUUAGCAACGUGGCACGAGAGAGAGAGAGAGAGAGAGAGAGAGAGAGAGAGAGACCAAUGCAUCACCCCCGCUCUCUACAACGCCAAUAACAUGAGGACGCGGAAGGUGGUGGCAUGGGUGGUGACUGUGUUGGGGAUGAUGGUUGUGGUGAAGCUUCCCAGGUGUGCUCAGGCAGAGCUCACCUGGAACAAUCUCUUUGGACCCAAGACGGGGGAAGGCCCGGAGAGAUGCGCCUGUUCGUGUGGCCUGCCGAACCGCCGCGCCAAGGUGGUGGGCGGCAGCUUCGCGGAGUUCAACGAGUACCCGUGGCAGGUGGCGCUGCUCUACAAGGGACACUUCUACUGCGGCGGCACCCUCAUCAGCGACCGCUACGUGCUGACCGCCGCGCACUGCAUCAGGGGCGUCAGCAUCCACAACCUGCGCGUCAUCGUCGGGGAGCACGUCCGCAGCUUCCCCAUCGAGACGCGGAGCCGCGAGUACACGCCCGUCUACUCCAUCUACUACCCGGAGUUCAACAAGAGCACUUACAACCACGACAUCGGCCUGCUCAAGCUCAGCCACAAGAUCGACACCCACAUGUGGUUCUCGCGCCCCGCCUGCCUGCCGCUACCUGACACAGACUACGUCGGGGAGCUGGCUGUGGUGACGGGCUGGGGGCGCGUGUCCGAGAAGGGGCAGCCCACGGACAUCCUCAAGGAGGCCCUAGUCCCCAUUUUCUCGAACGCCGUCUGCCAGGCGCUGCGCUACCGCCCCUACGAGAUCACCGACAACAUGUUCUGUGCCGGAUACAUCAACGGCGGCACAGACUCCUGCCACGGUGACAGUGGUGGUGGCCUCCUAUGGGAAGGCAGUGACGGAAAGAUGGAUGUGGUGGGUGUGGUGUCCUGGGGUCAGGGGUGUGGCCGCCACGGCUACCCUGGAGUCUACACAAGGGUCACUCGCUACCUGGACUGGAUACGUGAACACACCCGCGACAGCUGCUACUGCGGCAGGAGAAGAGGAAGGCUCCCUGGGCCGCUUCUGGGGGGAUGACGAAGGCUUCUUUAGUGCUCCUCUUGUAUUGUGAAUAGUUUUUAGUGUUAAAACUUGUGCAUUGAGUGUAGUUUCUUGUACUGUUUCUAUGGAAUCCAUUAAUUAACAUGACUCAAUCCAGUGUGAAGUGGAAGAGAAAACUGAUGCGAUAUAUCUGAAAAUUAUUACAUAGUUUGACCGGUGGAAGUUGUGUUAUAUCUUAGUGACUAACUGCUGAUAAACAUGAUGAAAAAACAGAAAUGGAAAACAUUUUUCUGAAUGAUCCCAAGUGAUUUCUUACUUGAGAAGGAGUUUACAGCCGCUGUGAUGGAGUGUGUCAUUGGCCAGACUGUUUUGUCAGUGAUGAUGUUUUGGAAAACAUGUGGUGUUUUAAUGCCUGUGUUAUGAUCUUGGAUUCUCUGAACAUUGCAAAUGCUAAAUACAACAAAGUUCCUGCUUUACAAUUAAUUUUACUAGUCUAAAGCAUUAGCACAUACUUAGGCAUUGAGUAAAAAAUGGAUCUGUGCUUGAAUUGAAACUGUGAGUAUAUGAUGAUAUUGAUGAAUCUGUGUAAGCUUGUACUGAAUGUGAUGCACAGCAAUGCACACCACUACUUACCAGUCUUAAGUGAAGUGACACGCCUAUCAGUCACUUUUCCGGUAGACUGAUAUAAGACUUUGGCUAAGACCCAUGUGCUGCCUGCUUAUUGCCUUUUCAAGAUUAAACCUGUUUAUGAAGUGUCUUUGCUCAGUCCCCCUUGAAAUCUGAUGAUGAAACAGAGAAUGACUGCAAACCUGAGGACCUUAAAUCACCCAUAAGAGUAACAAAAUAAAAUUAGGGGGCCAGAGGCAAAAUGGAGUUUUACACACAGUACUUAGUACUGACAGCUUUGUAUACAUACAAGAUAAAUAACAACCAUAACA